AUGUCCGCCGCCCAAGCCCUCCGCGAAAAACAAGCCCCCAUCAAAGAAGGCUACCGCACCGACCCUUCCUCAGCCGUCGUAACCCUAAAAUCCACAGGUUCCCUAGACAGCCACUCAAUCACAUGCAAACUCUCCGACAGCCCCGCCAUCAAAGAAGCCCACCGCGUCGCAGGCCUGCACCAAAAAGCCGGCGGCGACGAUCCCUCCAUCUCUGGCGAACUCUGCUCAGGGGACAUGCUCCUCGAUGCUCUCGUCGCUUGCUCGGGCGUCACGCUUAAAGCCGUUGCCACCGCGCUCGGCAUCCCCAUUGUGUCCGGCACUGUGACUGCCGAGGGCGACUUGGAUUUUAGGGGUACGUUGGGUGUGGAUAAGACGGCGCCGGUGGGGUUGACGGGGAUUCGACUGGAUUUUGCGGUCGAGUUUGGGGAGAGGGAAGAUGGGAGGGAGAUUAGUGAGGAGGAAGUGGAGAGGUUGGGCAAGUUGACGGAGAGAUAUUGUGUUGUGUUGCAGACGUUGGUGCAUAAGCCGAGUAUUGGGGUUAGGCUUGUGGGGAAGGGGGGUGGGAAGGAGAGCGAGGGGGUGAGGAGGGAGGUUUCGCAUCAGAGUACUUUGUAG